GUCCGGGGGUUGGUGCCGGUACGGGCAGUACGGGACGUACGGGUUUGCAGUGUUUGCAGUUCGCGCAGCUGUACAUUAUUACUGACACUCAGUGGCACUGCGUUGUGGUUGUUCUGGCUUCGUUGCUGCACUGCCUCUACCGCAAAGACACUUGUUUUUUUAUGUUUUCUUAGACGAUGGGUUCUACCUAUCUGGAGUUAAAGUUGAGCCGCUUGCGGCCACUGAUCAAGCACACUCUGGGACACCGACGCUUGCACAGUUUCCCUCCGCCGUUCGAGUCGAUUUUUAAUCGAUGUCUACUGCAUAAGGGCCGCCUAGCUAUUGUCGACGGUCAAGGUGAGCACACCUACUCGAAUAUCUUGUCCCGGAGCGCCGCACUGCAGACCGAUCUAGGCGAGCUACUCAAAGGAGAGUCAAAGCAACGGAUCUCAUUUUUGUGCCCCAACGAUUCGCAGUAUGUCGUAGCUCAGUGGGCCUGUUGGCUGGGCGGCAACGUAGCAGUACCGCUUUACUGGGGACAUCCGCGGCCGGUGCUCGAAUACUACAUCAAGGACUCUCAAAGUGCUGCCCUGGUUGCCACCGCAGACUUCGCGGAUCGCCUGCAACCGAUAGCUACGGAUCUCAACUUGCCGUUAUUAGUUCUCGAUUCUAAAGACACAACGGGGGACAUCGACAUCCCAAAACAAAAAGCUGAGGAGUGGAAGCGUCUAAAGCACAAAGAUGCACAAAUCCUGUACACUAGUGGCACUACCGGACCUCCGAAGGGUGUGGUUACUACGCACCACAACCUCUUUGUUCAAGCUGCUGCUCUCAUCAGUGCAUGGGAAUACAGCUCGUCUGAUGUCGUGCUCCACACACUUCCACUUCAUCAUACCCACGGGAUUGUGAAUGCCUUGGUGACCCCCCUUUAUGCUGGAGGCACGUGCGUUAUGUUGCCCAAGUUCGAUGCUGCAGAGGUCUGGAAACGACUAAUAGAGGCACCGUCCCAAGGGCCACGUGUGAAUAUGUUUAUGGCUGUCCCCACAAUUUAUGCCAAGCUGAUAGAACAUUAUGACAGAGAAUUUUCCAGUGGCAUGUCUUACUCCAGGAGCAAAGAGUUCAUCCGUGCCACAUGCUUGCAGAAGUUAAGGCUGAUGGUGAGUGGAUCAGCAUCGCUUCCUCUGCCUGUCCUGGAGCGGUGGAAAGAAAUAACGGGGCAUACACUUCUGGAACGCUACGGGAUGACUGAGAUUGGCAUGGCCCUCACCAACCCACUGCACGGCAGCAGAAAGCCAGGUUUUGUAGGAAAGCCCUUCCCGGGAGUCAAAGUGUGCAUUGCAAAGCCGAAUGCAUACUCGCCAACGGGGUACAACAUCCUAUCAUCUGGUGACACUUAUGGAACUAAGGUGUCAAAAGGCCAUGAAAAUGAAUCUGGGGACCUGCUUGUCAAGGGUCCCAAUGUGUUCAAGGAGUACUGGAACAGGCCAGAGGCUACAAAAGAAGCUUUCACAAGUGACGGCUGGUUCAAAACAGGGGACACGGCCGAGUGCCAGGGCGGUGACUACCGCAUCCUGGGUCGCACCUCGUCGGACAUCAUCAAGAGCGGGGGUUACAAGAUCAGCGCUCUGGACGUGGAGCGCCACCUGCUGGCCCACCCGAGCAUCAGCGACUGCGCAGUCGUGGGCUUGCCCGACGUCACGUGGGGCGAGAGGGUGGCAUGCGCCGUGGCUCUGCGGGACCCCGCGCGCGACCUGAGCCUGCAAGAGCUGCGCGACUGGGGCAAGCACCACAUGGACGCUGCCAUGAUGCCCGUCCUGUUGCGUGUCGUCGAGCAGAUCCCCCGCAAUGCCAUGGGCAAGGUCAACAAGAAGGACAUCGUGGCACAGCUCUUUGCAAACUCCUAACACGCGUCCUGUUGAUUUAUACUCGGACGUCGAGCUCUGUUAUACUCGUACGUUAAGCGUAGCAAAGGCGGCAUAGCGUAGCGCUCACAGUUGCUGAUUGGUUG